AUGGACCCCCUGUUCGUGGUCGACGCUCGGCACCAUGGAAAAGGACCGGUGGUGUUCGCGUGGCACCCGCAGGGCACCCUGCUCGCCACCUCGGGGUCGAACCGCAUGGUGCACAUCUUCACCUGCCACGGCCAGCUCCUCCACACCAUCAAGUCUCUGCCAACCACCAGCGCCUGCACUGCACUGGAGUGGGACCCGCUCGGGCUUUCCCUAGCGAUCGCCCAGGCUAACUCUUCGGUGGUGCUGCUGUGGUUCACCCGACAGUGGAAAACGAGAGCUGUCGACGUGGGAGUCAAGGACGUGACUUUCGUGAGCUGGUCCAAGACGGGGGACUACCUCGCCCUCGGCACCGGGAAGGGGACCAUGUGCAUAUAUCACCGCCGCACCAACGAAAAGAUGUGGGCGGCGGGCAAGCACAAGCGGCGAAUAAACUGCGGCGCGUGGAGCUACCAGAACCAGCUCGCGUACGGCAGCGACGACAAGCAGAUAUCGGUCACUUCCGAGACCGGGCAGAUCCAAGACCAGGUGAAGGUGAAGUGUCGGCCGCUGGACGUGGCCUUCGGCGGCAAGCAGGACCAGGACGAGUUCAUCGUGAGCGUCAACAUGGACGGCCGGACCAUCCUGCUCUACAACCUGCACGAUCAGGAGAACGCCCUCGAGCUGGCCUUUCAGACGAGGUACGGCAAGAUUCUAUCGUACCGGUGGUUCGGUGACGGUUACAUCAUGGCCGGCUUCACGUCGGGCUUCAUCGUUGUCAUCUCCACGCACGCCCACGAAAUAGGCCCCAAGGGAUGGUAUACCCCCCAAGAACAGCGGUACAAACUGAAAGGUUUAACUCCAAACGCGAUGGCAUCUGGGAUUCUAUCAAGCCCAGCUUAG